AUGACCUUGAAGAUCUACCUCUUUCAGGCCUGCGUUUGGCUACUGCCAUUGCUACUGGGGGUCACGACCGUGGCCUUCAUUCGAGAAAGCUCUUUUGUAUGGCUGAGACUUUGCGUGGCAGCCGCAGCCAACGUGCUCUUCAGUGCUGGCUUGGAGAUCUUUCAUGCCUGCGCCCUGCGACAGAAGGCGACAGGCCUCAAAGUGGCUUGGUUCGUGGAUGAGGAAGCAGUGGACUUCUCCGUGCUCUUCUCCCCGCAGGUGAUGGACAUCCUUCUGCCCAGAAGGUCCUGGUUGAGCACCGGGUGGUGUUGCGUUUGGUCUGGCUGCUUGGGCGGCCUCGCAGCACAGCUCUUGGAACCCCGAGACCUGGCCGAGCGUCUCCAGCUGGACUGGGCCUGCACGGGUGGAGUGUUGGCGACCGGCGGUUUGCAUCAAAGACAAACCCAUGUGUCGGAUACUUACGCUGAGGGCGCAAGGCGCAAGGGCAGAUUAUGGUAG